UCUUUUUAUGGAAGGCAUCGGCCUUGCGUAAUUAAAUCAAGCCGCUCGGUUACGCGACACGUGUCGGGGCGAGAUGUUUUGAUCGGCAAGUGCAACAGUCUGCCCGAUACGAUAAUUGCAUCUUCAUUCAUAAAAGUUGGCACGUCGUACGAUUCAAUUUCCACCUCGAAGAAAGGGGAUGAAACGUAGAGGACCGAAUUUUUCUCUAAAGAAAUGAAACAUCUUUCUUUCGAGCGGAUGUAAAUAUGUAAUAAAGAUAGCCCAUAAGAGAUCUCGAAGUGAAAAAAUAAUGUAACAAAAGAAAAAGGGGGAUUAUGGUUGAGAAAUUGGUUAAAAUGUAAAAGCAGCGGACUCGAGAUUGGUGGAUGGCGUGCCUGCUGGCCCGCGCCGGAAGUCGCGUGUCGACGUCGACCAUGCCACCACCGUCGUACCACCUUCUGUCUCCCCACCCUCGUAGUAGGUUUCUCGGGUUCGCCACCACCGCCACCGGUUUACCGCAUUUUCUUAGCUACCAACGAAGCGGCAUACCCCACGACGGAGCAACGUUUAGCUGGUUUUACCGUAGCACGCGUCGUUGCAACCAGCUCGAACCGCGUCCGUUGUUGGUGUACCGUUACCACUUGGUUUCGCGCGCUACCCAGGCAGUGAUUGGUCGAUCCUGCCAGCAGCGAGAGGGUCGAGGGAAAGCAACCCUCCGAAGGCGAGCCUCUGUUACGUAGCGUCUUCAGAAUCGUCAGGAUAAACGCAACGUUAACCACGCGCCGUCCGAGGGUGCUUCUUCCUCGAACUCGAUGAAAGAUCUUCUUCCGUUUCGCGAGAUCGUUUCGUUGCUGAUCGACCUUCGUGUGACGAUGUAAUAGUUAAUCGGUAAAAGAAAAAAGAAAAAAGGGAAUCGUCUAGACGCGUUGCCUAAAUAGUAAGGAUGUUGGGGCUGGAGGAUGAGAGAUCCACCUACGAGGUACCAUGAGCAGUAACAGCAAGAAGACGUCGGGUGGGAAGGACGACAAGAAGAAUCCGUCGAGCAAAGAGGAUAGCCCAGUAGCGGCGAAAGAUGAGGCCGGAGGGUCAGCGUCGACGGGGAGCACCGGUGGUGCUGGUAGCACGGAUGGAGCGCAGCCUGGAAGUAAACCUGGAUCGGCUGGAGCAACUAGCCGGGAAGCAGCUCAAAAACUGCUCGGGCUUGCCGCGCGUGGAGAAUGGGCACCGAUGGACCAGUUGCUCAAGUCUUUGGAGAAGGCGGUGCAGAACGUCGGGGAGGAUGCUUCGGUGGCUCCUCUCACCAGCGUUAUGGAUCCGGCGACUGGGAUGACGCCGUUGAUGUACGCUGUAAAAGACAAUCGGACCGGAUUACUCGACCGUAUGAUUGAACUGGGAGCGGAUGUGAGCGCUCGAAACAACGACAAUUACAAUGCUCUUCACAUCGCUGCUAUGUACUCGAGGGAGGACGUCGUCAAGUUACUCUUGUCGAAACGGGGCGUCGAUCCUUACGCUACUGGAGGGCCGAGACAACAAACCGCGGUGCAUCUGGUCGCAUCCAGGCAAACCGGUACCGCCACUUCGAUACUUCGAGCGUUAUUGGCUGCCGCCGGACGGGACAUAAGGCUGAAAGUCGACGGAAAAGGGAAGAUUCCUCUGCUGUUGGCGGUGGAGGCUGGAAAUCAGUCGAUGUGUCGGGAAUUGUUGUCUCAACAAGCGCCUGAUCAACUUCGCGCGACUACUCCGACGGGAGAUUCCGCUCUUCAUCUGGCAGCCAGGAGGAGGGACAUCGACAUGGUGCGGAUACUGGUGGAUUAUGGAGCGACUGUGGACAUGCAAAACGGCGACGGGCAAACGGCGUUGCACAUCGCGAGCGCCGAGGGUGACGAGACACUGGUGAAAUACUUUUACGGUGUCAGGGCAUCCGCUUCCAUCACCGAUCAUCAGGAUCGAACGCCGAUGCACUUGGCAGCGGAAAACGGACACGCUUCCAUAAUCGAGCUGUUGGCCGACAAAUUCAAGGCGAGUAUAUUCGAGAGGACGAAAGACGGCUCGACGCUGAUGCACAUAGCCUCGUUGAACGGCCACUCGGAAUGCGCGACCAUGCUCUUCAAGAAGGGUGUAUAUUUGCAUAUGCCGAAUAAACGGGGUGCCAGGUCGAUUCACACAGCGGCCAAGUAUGGCCACGUUGGCAUCAUAAGCACGCUGUUGCAACGGGGAGAGAAGGUGGACGCGACUACGAACGAUAAUUAUACGGCCCUGCAUAUCGCGGUGGAGAACGCGAAACCUGCCGUGGUGGAGACUUUGCUAGGAUACGGGGCUGAAGUUCACGUGAGGGGUGGAAAGCUUCGAGAGACUCCUCUUCAUAUAGCAGCUAGGGUUCCUGACGGCGAUAGGUGCGCUUUGAUGUUGCUUAAAUCCGGAGCUGGACCGAAUUUGACCACCGACGACGGUCAAACACCGGUACACGUGGCGGCGAGUCACGGGAACUUAGCCACGUUGAAGUUGUUGCUCGAAGAUGGCGGUGAUCCUAUGUACAAAUCCAAGCAGAACGGAGAAACCCCGCUGCACUUGGCGUGUAGAGGAUGCAAGGCGGACGUGGCGCGUCACCUGAUCCAAUUCGUGAAGGAGAAAAAGGGUCAGGAAACGGCGACCUCGUACGUCAACAGUUUGACAAACGAGGGAUGUAGCGCCCUGCAUUACGCUGCCCAGAUCGAACCGUCGGAAGUCGAGACGCCCGGGGACGAUCGAGCGGUGAUUCGUGCCCUCCUCGAAGGUGGUGCCGACGUGUCGUUGCAGACGAAGCAGGCACAAGAGUCGGCCUUCCAUCAUUGCGCGUUGGCCGGAAACAACGAGGUCUUGUCGGAAAUGAUAAGCGGUAUGUCCGCGACCGAGGUGCAGAAGGCGUUAAAUCGUCAGAGCGCGGUCGGAUGGACACCGUUGUUGAUCGCCGCUCACCGUGGUCACAUGGAACUGGUCACCACGCUGCUUGCCAAUCACGCAAGAGUGGACGUAUUCGAUUUAGAGGGCAGAUCUGCGUUGCAUCUGGCCGCUGAACACGGUUAUCUUCAGGUUUGCGACGCGCUGUUAGCGAACAAAGCGUUUAUCAAUUCCAAGUCCAGAGUGGGUAGAACGGCGUUGCACUUGGCAGCUAUGAACGGUUACUCGCAUCUCGUCAAGUUUCUCGUGCAGGAUCAUGGGGCUGCGAUAGACGUUCUUACGCUGAGAAAACAGACUCCGCUUCAUUUGGCAGCAGGUGCUGGCCAAUUGGAAGUGUGCAAGCUUCUACUCGAACUCGGGGCAAGCAUAGACGCGACCGACGAUCAAGGCCAGAAGCCGAUACACGCCGCGGCGAUGAACAAUUACGCGGAGGUCGCUCAGUUGUUCCUGCAGAGGCAUCCCAGUCUGGUGAUGGCGUGCACCAAGGACGGGAAUACGUGCGCCCACAUAGCAGCCAUGCAGGGCAGCGUUCGCGUGAUCGAAGAAUUGAUGAAGUUCGAUCGGCAAGGUGUCAUCUCGGCGAGAAACAAAUUGACCGAGGCGACGCCGCUUCAACUGGCUGCCGAGGGAGGACACGCCGAGGUGGUGAAAGCGUUGGUCAGGGCGGGUGCAUCCUGCGCCGAUGAGAAUCGGGCAGGAUUCACCGCGGUCCAUUUGGCCGCGCAACACGGCCACGGUCAGGUACUCGAAGUUUUGAGAUCCUCCCAGUCUCUUCGUAUAUCCAGCAAGAAGCUCGGCGUUACCGCUCUUCACGUAGCCGCGUACUUUGGUCAAGCUGAUACGGUCCGAGAGUUGUUGACCCACGUUCCGGGCACGGUGAAGUCUGAUCCUCCAACCGGUGGUUCGCUCGUAGGAGAAUUAGGCAGCGAAUCUGGAAUGACGCCUUUACAUCUGGCUGCCUAUUCCGGUAACGAGAACGUCGUACGAUUACUGCUGAACUCGGCUGGUGUACAGGUAGAGGCGGCGACCACGGAGAACGGUUUCAAUCCUCUUCACUUGGCCUGCUUCGGGGGUCACAUCACGGUGGUCGGUCUUCUGUUGAGCAGAUCGGCAGAGUUAUUGCACAGCUCGGAUCGGUACGGCAAAACCGGUCUACAUAUCGCCGCGACGCACGGUCAUUACCAGAUGGUCGAAGUACUGCUCGGUCAAGGGGCUGAAAUAAACGCGACGGAUAAAAAUGGUUGGACGCCGCUGCAUUGCGCCGCUCGCGCCGGUUAUCUCGAUGUCGUUAAACUCCUCGUCGAGAGUGGGGCUUCGCCAAAGAGCGAGACCAAUCUAGGCAGCGCACCGAUUUGGUUCGCCGCCUCGGAGGGUCAUAACGACGUGCUCAAGUAUCUCAUGGAGAAAGAGCACGAUACCUAUGCACUGAUGGAGGAUAAGAGGUUCGUUUAUAACAUGAUGGUCUGCAGUAAGAGCAACAACAACAAGCCCAUCGAGGAAUUCGUGCUGGUAUCACCGGCACCGGUAGACACAGCCGCGAAACUCUCCAAUAUUUACAUGAAAUUGUCGGAAAAGGAGAAAGAGAGAGCGAAGGAUUUGAUAGCCGCUGGUAAGCAGUGCGAAGCGAUGGCCACGGAAUUGUUGGCCCUGGCCGCGGGCGCCGAUUCGGCCGGAAGGAUCCUUACAUCGAUGGAUCGCAGGAACGUGGAAUUUUUGGACGUUCUCAUCGAGAACGAGCAGAAGGAAGUGAUCGCGCAUACGGUGGUACAGCGAUACCUCCAGGAGCUAUGGCAAGGGAGUUUAAACUGGAACGCAUUCAGGACGAUCCUAUUGUUCAUCGCGUUCCUCAUCUGUCCGCCUGUCUGGGUGGUGUUUGCCCUUCCACUCGGUCACAAGUACAACAACGUGCCCAUCAUCAAGUUCAUGUCCUAUCUCACGUCUCACAUUUAUCUGAUGGUCUUCCUUUUGCUGGUCGGCAUAAUUCCGAUAUAUCCGGUGGUGAGAGCUAGCCUGCUGCCAUACUGGUACGAAUGGUGUCUCCUCGUGAUGCUUUCCGGACUGCUGCUCUUCGAACUGACCAACCCGAGCGACAAAAGCGGACUCGGUUGGAUCAAAUUGGCGGUCCUGUUGUUCGGCGUCUGCGGUGUCGCGUUCCAUCUGAUGGGUUUCGUGGUAGUUCACCGACCCUACUGGCCGACCCUGCUUUACCUCAGGAAUCAACUGUUCGCACUGAGCUUCUUACUGGCGUGCGUGCAAAUCCUCGACUUCCUAUCGUUCCAUCAUCUCUUCGGACCUUGGGCAAUCAUCAUCGGUAACCUGAUGAAGGAUCUCGCGAGAUUUCUCGCUGUGCUGGCCAUCUUCGUGUUCGGUUUUUCCAUGCACUUCGUAGCGCUGAAUCAAGCCUUCAAGAACCAAUCGAUCCAGGACGCGCGAAUAGAGGACAGAAAGAAAAAGGGCGCCUUCCAGGACGAUUUGUUGGCCAAUGUUACGGAAUGGAUGAUGGAGACGCCAUCGACGGCGCCUCCUCGUCGCUACGGCCGCUACAAGAAAAAGAAUGAGUGUUGUGACGAUAGCUCCCGAGAUAUAAAGAUGAAUCCGGUACUCGCCUUCGAGUACCUGUUCUUCGCUGUCUUUGGCCAAACGACCCACGGCGAGCUGAAGGUCGAGACUAAUCAGCCUCAGUGGACCUCGGUCCUCUUCAAGUUGGCAUUUGGCGUAUACAUGUUGGUCUCGGUAGUCGUAUUAAUUAAUCUGCUGAUCGCCAUGAUGAGCGACACCUACCAAAGGAUACAGGCGCAAUCGGACAUUGAGUGGAAAUACGGGCUCAGUAAACUGAUCCGAAAUAUGCACAGAACGACCACCGCCCCGUCGCCUCUUAACUUGCUCACUACUUGGAUCGUGUACUUCAUCAAGGUGUGCAAGCAACAUUCGGCGAAACGAAAACGGCCCUCGUUGAUCCACAUGAUGGGACUUCAGCAUGCCGGUCGUCUGUCACCGAGAUCGAAGAUGGGCGCUAAAUGGUUGGCCAAAGUGAAAAAAGGUCAAGUCAGACCGAAAGACAGCGUUACUUUGUCGGUGGUACACUUGAGUCCUCUCGGUAGCCAAUUGUCCUUCAAUAGCGCGACCAGAAUCGAAAGCGUAGUCGAUUGGGAUUCCAUCAGAAAGAAAUAUCUAGCGUUGGCUGGGAACGAGCCUGAAAAAGAAGCGGAUAAAGACGAUAAGAACGAGGAGAACGAGAAGGAAGAGGAUAACGGACCGACCGCGUCGAACUCGUCCACGAUGCCAGCUACUUCAACGCCACCUAUCUAGAGGAACCAUGUUCCUCGCCUCGGACUAACAAAAGUUCAAUCCAUAAUUACGAACUUGCUAAAUUAACGAGCUAACGGUGUCGUACAAAUUUUUCGCGCGCUAAUUGCGCAGCAUUGAAUAAAAGAAAAGAUAAAGCUACGACAUCGAACAAUUCUAGGUAACAUCUCCGAAGGUCGACGACCAUCACAAUUCCGCGAGAUAUAAAUCGAGCCUGGUAUCGUUUCGGA